AAGUGAUCUAGAUUGAAGAAAAAUAUUCAUAUUUUAGAUGGGCGUGGGUUGAUUUUGAACCCAGAACAACGAACUUAUGGUGCAAUUUUAAAGUAAAGCAAAGCUUUUAAAUGAACCAAAUUGAAUUCUUUGAAAUGAAAACUUAGAUUUGAAAACUGUACAUCUUUUUCAAAUCUAGAUCAGUAUCUAUCGCAAAAACUUUGAGAAUCAUUGGAAUCAUCCAAAAGUAAACAAUAACACAUUAAGACGAAUUUAAACGACAUGACAGAAGAUACAAGUCAUUUAAAUCCAUCAAAACUGGGAACUAAAGAAUACUGGGAUACAGCAUAUGAAACGGAAAUUAAGAAUUAUGCAGAUAAUGGUGAUAUUGGCGAGAUUUGGUUUGACGAAAGCUCACAAACAAGAAUUAUUAAAUGGCUUAAGAAACACAAAAUCUCAAAAGACUCUUCAAUUAUUGAUUUAGGUACAGGAAAUGGAGCAAUGCUUUUGGAACUAUUUGAUGAAGAUUUCACGAAUCUUACUGGAUGUGAUUAUAGCGAGAAAAGUAUUGAACUAGCAAAGCAAAUAGCAAGCGAUAAAGAUUGCGAUUGUAUAACAUAUAAAGUCAUUGAUCUCUUAUCCGACAAUGUAACAUCUUUAGGAACUUUUAAAAUAUGCCACGAUAAAGGAACAUUUGAUGCUAUUGGAUUAAUGGAAGAUUCAGCAGUUAAAAAGGAAAUAUACGUGAAAAAUGUUUGGAAUCUAAUAGAAGACAAUGGACUGUUUAUCAUAACGUCCUGUAACUUUUGUGAAGAGGAACUAGAAAAAAGUUUUCACGAUUACUUUGAGAAAUUUGAAGUAAUUCCAUCCCAGACAUUUCAAUUUGGAGGGAAAGUUGGUAAAACAACUACAUCUGUUUGUUUUAAGAAGAAAACGUUGUAAAUUUAUUCAUUACCUACCUCAAAUCCCUUAAUUAAAUUACGAUUUUAAUGAUACUUUAAAUAUUGUUUCAUUUUCAAACGUUGAACCUUAUUAAAGUUUGAUUGACAUUGUAUUAAAGACAAAAUAU